AUGAGCUUUUUUGGUAGCUUAUUGGGAAUUAUCGGGUUUGUGACUGGAAUUCCCUUCGGUCUUUUUUUGGGUUUUCUCGUUUUUAUACAGACAGAACCUACAGAUAGCUUUCUCAACUUACACUUGCAGAAUCCAUUCAUUAGGACGCUUCAGGAGUUCGAUACAGAUUCUUGGAUUGAUAUUCUACCCGAGCUUCCAUUGUGGGUGAAACAACCAGACUAUGAACGAGUCGACUGGCUGAAUGGUGUAAUUCGUGAUAUGUGGCCUUAUCUUGACAAGGCAAUAUGUGGCAUGAUCAGAAGCAUGUCAAAACCUAUAUUUUCUGAUUAUAUUGGUAUGUUUCCAAUAAGAUCCAUAGAUUUUGAAAGCCUUACCCUUGGAACUCUUCCUCCUAUAUUUCAGGGUAUGAAAGUACAUAUAUUGAAUGCAGACAAUCUUAUCUUUGAGUUUGUUGCUAAAUGGGCUGGAAAUCCCAACAUAACUCUGGUUUUGAACAUAUUAUUUCUACCCAUCAAAGUUCAGUUGAUAGAUAUACAAACAACUGCAGCAUUGCGGGUGACUCUGAAACCAUUCGUGCCAACCAUCCCGUGCUUUUCAAAUGUUACCGUCUCUAUAAUGGAUAAGCCGGAAGUAGAUUUUGGGCUGAAAGUAAUGGGGGGUGAUCUAAUGGCGAUCCCGGGACUCUAUCAUUUCAUUCAGAAAUUAAUUAAGAAACAAGUUGCGAGUCUUUAUCUCUGGCCCCAAGCAUUGGAGAUACCAAUUCUUGACGCUUCCAUUGGUGCAGCAAAGAAACCUGUGGGUAUACUGCGUGUGAAGGUUGUAAGGGCAAACAAACUCUUGAAGAUGGACCUAAUCGGAACCUCUGAUCCAUAUGUUCAGCUCCGUCUCAGUGGAGAGAAGCUUCCUUCGAAGAAGACUUCUAUAAAGACCAAGAAUUUGAACCCUGAAUGGAAUGAAGAAUUCAGACUUACUGUAAAAGAUCCUCAGUCUCAGGUCCUUGAACUCCAUGUAUAUGACUGGGAAAAGGUUGGGUUGCAUGACAAAUUAGGAAUGCAGGUUAUCCCAUUGAAGCUGCUCGCACCGCAGGAGACAAAGGAGUUUACUGUGGAUUUGGUUAGAAACUUAGAUCCCAAUGAUGAAUGCAACAAGAAGCCAAGAGGAAGUAUUACUGUGGAGUUAACUUUUGUUCCUUUCAUGGAAGACCCCAUAAACUUCAAUGGACCUAUCGACUUGUAUAUGAGGAGGGAAUCCGUUCCAAAAACGUUUCAGAAUUCACUCAUGAAUAGAGCAGGUUUACUUUUGGUGACCGUGAUUGGCGCAGAGGACGUCGAAGGGAAACACCACAAUAAUCCUUAUGCUUUAGUGGUCUUUAAAGGAGAAAAGAGAAAAACCAAGAUAUUAAAGAAAACUCGGGAUCCAAAGUGGAACGAAGAAUUCCAGUUUAUGUUAGAUGAAGCUCCAUUGGAGGAGACGGUCCACAUUGAAAUAAUAAGCAAACGGAAGCAUAGAGCCUUUGGAUUUGGCUUGACAAAGGAAAGGUUGGGGCAUGUGGAUAUCCAACUUGUUGACGUAGUUUAUAACAAUUGUAUCAACGAGAAGUACCAUCUUAUUAACUCACGAAAUGGGGUGAUACAUGUCGAUAUAAAAUGGAACGUGACAUGA